CGCUGUCUGUAGACGGGCAUCAUCAUCAUCAUGCAGGAUACGUUGUCGCGGGUGCAAUGAUGUACGCGAACGAGUAAGAAGAGACGUUGCGGGCACGGCGAGAGAUUAUUUGCUUUUAAACGCAUCCCCACGCAUUCUUUCAUUAUGUCGGGCGGGGAUCUUCGCGUCCUUUGCCAAGAACCUGGGCAGGAGAGCCCGAGGAUGCCGGCCUGGAAACGCGAGAUCCUGGAGCGGAGGAAGGCAAAGGGCGGCGGGGCAGGUGCCGAAUCGGUCGCAUCUCGACUUAACGGCGAAGUAACGGGAAGCAAAAGCAAGGAUGAUGUUACCAGCGCACAUUCCAGUCGGAACUAUACCAUUACUCCCGCCAGUCAGCAUUUUACUGGCAAGCCCACGACUAGAAGCCCGGAUCUGUCACCGGUGAAAACAAAAGACCACUGGCAGUCCACGGACUCGAGUGACACGGAGGAGAGAACGGUAAGAGACAACGGAGCGCAUGAGAGCAUGGUGCUGCAAGAGAGCUUGGGUCCGCUGCAGGAGAACCCGUUUAUUAAAUUAGAGAAAGAGCGCAAAAAGCGUCAGAACCAAGACAACGCCACCCGUCCCGUUCAACACAUCUUGGAGUUAUACGGUAGCGUCCCUGGAAUACGGACUAUACGCGCUGAUAAUAUCAUCAUUAUUGAAUCUGACCCGGAUUACUUUACGGAUGGAUGUGGUUUGAAGCACGCAUCAAAGGUGCAGGAGAAUGGCACGUUAAGCGGAUAUAGCUCUCUCAAUGACCUGUUAGACCGGAGAGGUAGUCCGGUUACCGAGAUACGCGCGAAGGAAGUGGUAGUUUACGAUACCGGUUUGAGUAAAAGCGAGGAAAACCUCAGUACACUCGGGCGCCCGGAUGCGACCCCUAUGGAGUGUCAAGGUAGGGUCAGUCGCAUGCUUCAGAAAUUUGACAGGAAUUACGGGAGGUUUCAACCCAAGUCACGCAGCACAGAAAACCUCUUAGACUUUGAUUCUAGUCCUGUCCGUCCAAGCUCCAGAUCCAAACCCCAGCCAGAUGUGGUGCCAAAAGUCAUCCAGCAACCUGGAUCGCCUCUUCGGAAAGUCUUCCAGAACAACCAACAGUCUUCCAUAAGCAACCAUUACGACUCUCCUAGUGACUCGGGGAGCAGCACGCCUGCUUUGGGAUCCCCUCUGUUAGUGUCUUCCACCCGUAGACGUUACGAGGGAAGUGGGGGCCAGAGUGCAACUGCUCAUCCCAAGGAAGAUGGUGAGAGAUCUCCGUCCAAGCUUGUUAGAGAAAGGGACUGGGACAACACAGAUGGAGCAUCCAAAGCCAAGGUGCCAUGCUCUACACAGAGCCACCGUGCCCGUGCCGACUGUACUCCCAGCCCCACUUCACCCCCUUUAUCGCCCAGCUUUGAAAUACGACCCUCCCCUCGCCCAGAUCUUUCUCUUCUUCCAGCUGGUGACAUUCAGGCCCGUGCGCUUGCCAACCUGCGUCUUCAGUCUCGUAAUUCUUUUACCGUCAUUCCCAAGGGUCGUGCUGCCAUCUCAUCCCCUGGAAACACAGCACCCUCCAGCCCUGUCCUUUCACCCCCAUCCCCAAGGCCCCUGGUGGGCGUGGCAGUUUCAGACCCCGCAGUGCCAACUCCUGUUUUGCCCGGUACUGUCACACACUCUACACCAAAACUCAUAGAGACGGUAAAUGUAGAAGCCAAAACAGAGCAUUCACAACACACCCCGUCUGCCACCCCCGAUUCACCUGUUCCAGCUUAUCCCCCUUCAGCCGGAUCACCUGUUAAAUCGGUCCCAUCUAAAGAGGAAUCGCUGGCUGAUAAACUGCCUGUCACUAACAUCGAUGACAUAGUUGUUGAGCCAACACCGCCCCCACCAAGCCCUGCGGUGCAGAGGCGCAAAGGGAAUACGUUUACAGUCGUACCAAAACGAAGGCCAGAUGCCCAGCCCUCCACUCCCGAUACCCAGGAGCCUGCCAGUGACUCUGUGGGCACACCACCUGCCUCAGAUGCCCCCUUCUCACAGCUGGGCACCCAGCUUAAAAAACGCUAUCCUGCUGCAGAGGAGAUAGAGGUCAUUGGGGGCUACCUCUCACUUGGGCGAUCCUGCCUCUCAAAGACAGGUUCAACAGGAAAAAAGCUGAAAAUAUCCUUCAAUGAGUCUAGCCUGCAGAGCACUUUUGAAUACCCAUCUGAAAACAGUGUGUGGGACAGUGGAGAGGAGGAUGAGGAAGGAGAGGAAAAAGGAGGAGAAGAAGAUGGAAAUAUCAGCACCGGGAGGAUAAACAUUCCCCGCGCCAGCUACGCCAGCUCACCCAGUCACUCCAACAACACCACGGAUUUGUCCAGUUACACACCUAAACACUCAAUGGAUUUUAACACAUGGCAAGAACACAAGCAUAGCGACCCUGCUGUCAGAGGGCAAGAUAAUUCACAAUCUACAAAGGAUGUCAUGCUGACACCUGCUGACAGCUCCUCACUGUCAGACUUCAGCAGUGAACCAGCCCUCUACUUCUGAGCCUUCUAGACGUCUGGAAGAUAUGGGACCAACCACUGCCUGUAUUCACCAGCCUGGAUACAAAGCAACAAGACUUCCUGUACAACAGGACCAGUACAAACCAGCAUGUAAACAUACAUUCCGUAUACUGUAUCCGUAUGGCACCAACAGCAGGACUGUCUACAUCCUACAUGACAGAUCUGCCAUUCACUAUCUAUUGCCACUGAUUGUGAUGGACUCUGUUCAUAUAGCUUGAAUAGCCAUUCAGCCAUUAAAUUCCACUCUUACGACAUGUUCUUGCGCUAUAUGUAUGUAAUCCUCACCUCAUAAAAGUGACCAAAUUCACAAAAGAUGGAAAGCUGACCUUCUUGAAAAACAAAAGGGUGUCUAAUGUGAAACCACAAAGAGGACAAUAGUGCAUAAAAAAAUAAAUGAAAGAGACAUUUGUAUGUAUGACUGUUGAAGGGUGCCACGAUCAUUGUUCUUUGUGACUCUUUUUGUAUGUGCAUGUGUAGGUUUUUAUGGACAAAGCUCUUAAACUGACUCAUCCACCUUCAUUCAUGUCCGUUAGCUUCUAUAUACUGUAUGUGUUUUCUUCAAGACGAUAGAAAUUUCUGAUGCAUAGACCGAAAAACUACAUUAUACAGCAGAAAUGCUAACAAGAUGCUAAUUGACUUAAGCUAGCGUUAUCGGGGGUACAUUUCUUUUACUGUAAUAUUCUUGACAGGUUUUCGUGAGAUUUACACUUCAUGCAAUUGAUCUGUUUAGGGUUGGUUAAACCAACUAGAGCAAUUUGUCAGUAAUCAUGUACUUAAUUUAUAAUUGUUUGUCUUUGUUAUUGCAGUACACAAUGGGAGUAGACCAUUUCAGACAUAAAGGGAAUAUUAUGUUAUGUUGUGAAAGGGCACGCUGUAUGCAUGAGUCGUGUGUGUGAAAAGCAGAUCUGACUAUGUAAACACAAUGCCAACAUACUCAUGUGUAUCAUGUCUAUUAGCUGGCUUUGCUGAAUCUGCUGACUUGUUUCCGACAGUCUCUCUGACCAGUAUUCAUGUACAGUUUGUACGCUCUAUGAUGAGGUUUGCCUAGUUUAUGUCAUUCAUCACUUUUCAUGUUUAGUCAAACAACUGAAAUCGACAAUGGCACCAAGGUGCUCCGGGAACUUAUUUUUUAAUUAUACGUGUACCAUGAAGUUACAUGAGGACAUCUUAAAUCUCUGUCCUGUACUUUUGUAUUCAUUCAUUUGCACUCUUUUUGCUUUAUUUUGCACCUUAAAGAGUCAAGUUUGACAGCUGUAAGCUUCUGUCUUGGUUAAAAUAAUUGUAGUCUGUUGUAAAUUGUAUUCAUCAUCACAAACUGUUAGGUUUUCUAUUAGAUUUUUAUCAGUAAUGUCUAGCAAUUAAAAACUGUCCCUGGUGGUACCAAAACUCAGACUUGAAACACAUA